UUAGGUGGUGUUGAAGAACUGAAAAAGGAAAAAGCAUUACAUCCUUUGGAUAUUGAUGCCUAUUGGUUACAAAGAAGAUUGUCAAAAAUAUAUGAUGAUGCCAUGGAUUCCCACCAAACAGCAGAAAAAGUGCUUAAUGUUUUGAGAGAUGCAAAUGAUGAUAGGGAAUGUGAAAAUCAACUAGUUCUUCUUCUGGGUUAUGAUUGUUUUGACUUUAUCAAACAGUUGAAGAAACACAGGCAAAUGAUUUUAUACUGUACUCUUCUGGCCCAAUCACAGAGUGAUUCGGAAAGGUUAAAAAUUAAGGACAAAAUGUCUGAAGAUUCCUCUUUGAAACGUAUUUUGAAACUAUUGGAGACAGGAAGGGAUGAUGAUGAUGAUGAUAUAGAUGGUGAAUCCACUUCUAGAACAAAGCGGCGAAAGAAGGAGUCUCAUGAAAUGGAUUUGGCAAGUGCUCAAGUUGCGGGUUCUAGGCAUCUUGUAGAUUUUGAGGAUCUGGUAUUCAAACAGGGAUCACAUUUUAUGGCCAAUAAAAAGUGUAAUCUACCAGAAGGAUCGUUCAGGAAGCAGAGAAAAGGUUACGAGGAAGUUCAUGUCCCAGCUUUGAAACAGAAACCAUAUGGAGAGAAUGAAAAACUCAUUCCAAUUGAUCAACUUCCUACAUAUGUGCAACCAGUAUUCGACGGUUAUAAAACUCUAAAUCGAAUCCAGAGUAGACUGUGCAAAUCUGCUUUGGAAACGGAUGAAAAUCUACUAAUUUGCGCUCCCACCGGAGCCGGUAAAACUAAUGUAGCCUUACUGUGUAUGAUGCGAGAAAUUGGCAAACAUAUUAAUCAGAAUGGGACUAUAAAUGCACAUGACUUCAAGAUCAUCUACAUUGCUCCCAUGAGAUCGCUGGCCCAAGAAAUGGUAGGAAACUUUAGUAAAAGGCUGGCAAGCUACAAUAUGACUGUUUCAGAGUUGACAGGUGAUCAUCAACUGACUAGAGAACAGAUAGCAUCUACUCAAAUUAUAGUCUGUACCCCAGAAAAGUGGGAUAUUGUAACCAGGAAAGGAGGGGAGAAAACGUACACCUCGCUCGUUCGAUUGAUAAUCAUUGAUGAAAUUCAUUUGUUGCACGAUGAGAGAGGACCAGUUCUAGAAGCUCUUGUUGCAAGAACUAUUCGUAUGAUUGAAUCCACUCAAGAGGAUGUUCGGCUAGUAGGUCUCUCAGCUACACUUCCCAAUUAUCAAGAUGUUGCAGCAUUUUUGAGAGUAAAAUCUUCUACAGGUUUAUUUCAUUUUGACAACAGUUACCGUCCCGUGGCUCUUGAACAGCAGUACAUUGGGGUGACAGAAAAGAAAGCUUUGAAGCGAUGCCAAGUCAUGAAUGAAAUUGUUUAUGAGAAGACAAUGGAACACGCAGGCAAAAACCAGGUGCUUAUUUUUGUUCAUUCCCGAAAAGAAACAGGUAAAACUGCGAGGGCCAUAAGGGAUAUGUGCUUGGAAAAAGACACUCUAGGAAACUUUUUGCGUGAAGGCUCAGCUUCCAUGGAGGUUCUGCGGACAGAAGCAGAACAAGUUAAAAAUCACGAGCUGAAAGAUCUUCUUCCGUACGGAUUUGCUAUACAUCAUGCAGGAAUGACCCGUGUUGAUAGAACUUUGGUAGAGGAUCUCUUUGCCGAUAGACAUAUUCAAGUACUUGUAUCCACUGCCACAUUAGCUUGGGGUGUUAAUCUUCCGGCACACACAGUUAUCAUCAAGGGAACACAAAUUUAUAAUCCUGAAAAGGGAAGAUGGGUUGAACUAGGUGCCUUAGAUGUACUUCAGAUGUUGGGUAGAGCUGGUCGGCCCCAAUAUGACACUAAAGGAGAAGGUAUACUGAUAACCAAUCACAGUGAACUUCAAUACUAUUUGUCUCUCCUAAAUCAACAAUUACCUAUUGAAUCACAAAUGAUUUCAAAGCUUCCUGAUAUGCUCAAUGCAGAGAUAGUUCUCGGGACUAUACAAAAUAUUGAUGAUGCAGUUCAUUGGUUGGGAUAUACUUACUUGUAUAUAAGAAUGCUCCGACAGCCUACUCUGUAUGGAAUAUCUCAUGAUCAAAUAAAACAAGACGAAAAACUGAAGCAACAUCGAAUCGACUUGAUCCAUACUGCUGCUCUCCACUUAGACAAGAGUGGUUUAAUCAAGUAUGAUCGCAAAAUGGGCCAGUUCCAAGUAACAGAGUUGGGAAGAAUAGCAUCCCAUUAUUAUUGUACUUACGGAUCAAUGCAAACUUACAAUCAGCAGCUGAAGCCAAUGUUGAGUGAUAUUGAAUUGUUCAGGGUGUUUUCGCUAUCAAGUGAAUUUCGAAAUAUAACGGUGAGAGCAGAAGAAAAAAUGGAAUUACAAAAGUUAAUGGAGCGUGUGCCGAUUCCUAUUAAAGAAAGCAUCGAAGAGCCUAGUGCCAAAGUGAAUGUUCUCUUACAAGCCUAUAUCUCCCAGCUCAAAUUGGAGGGUUUUGCUCUCAUGUCUGAUAUGGUAUAUGUCACUCAGUCCGCAGCUCGCUUAAUGAGAGCUAUAUUUGAAAUUGUUUUGCAUCGAGGAUGGGCACAAUUGGCAGACAAGUCGUUGUCUCUGUGUAAGAUGAUUGACAAGCGUAUGUGGCAGUCAAUGUCACCUUUGAGGCAGUUUAGGAAAAUGCCAGAAGAAAUCGUCAAGAAAAUUGAGAAGAAAAACUUUCCCUGGGAAAGGUUAUAUGAUUUGGGUCCGAAUGAAAUUGGAGAGCUGAUUCGUGUUCCUAAAUUGGGUAAGACUAUCCAUAAAUAUGUGCACCAGUUUCCUAAAUUGGAACUUUCAACACAUAUUCAGCCAAUAACUAGAUCCAUGCUGCAAGUGGAACUAACCAUUACCCCAGAUUUUAAGUGGGAUGAUAAACUCCAUGGAGAAUCGGAAGCAUUUUGGAUUCUAGUAGAGGACGUUGAUUCUGAAGUGAUUCUACAUCAUGAAUACUUCUUACUGAAAUCCAAAUAUUGCGAAGAUGAACAUUCGGUCAAAUUCUUUGUGCCGAUAUUUGAACCUUUGUCACCUCACUACUUUUUACGAAUAGUUUCUGAUCGAUGGAUAGGGGUGGAAACGCAACUGCCUGUUUCAUUUAAGCAUUUGAUUUUACCUGAGAAGAAUUAUCCUCCAACUGAAUUAUUGGAUCUACAGCCACUUCCAAUAACAGCUCUCAGGAAUGAGAAGUAUGAGGCACUAUAUUCUGAUAAAUUUCCACAGUUCAAUCCAAUACAGACACAGGUAUUCAAUUCCAUUUAUAACGGUGAUGACAACAUAUUCAUUGGAGCACCUACUGGAUCAGGUAAAACGACGAUAGCAGAAUUUGCUAUCUUGAGAUUAUUUGAGAGGAAUCCUGAAGGAAGGUGUGUGUACAUGGUACCGAGAGAUGCUUUAGCUGAGCUCAUUUUCGCCGAUUGGCACAACAAGUUUGGCCAGAGCUUGGGUAGAAAAGUUGUACUUUUGACUGGUGAAACAGGUACCGACCUUAAGCUUCUUGCAAAAGGACAGAUAGUAAUAACAACUGCAGAAAAAUGGGAUGUUCUUUCUCGAAGGUGGAAACAAAGGAAAAACGUUCAAAAUAUAAACUUGUUCAUCGUUGAUGAACUACAUCUGAUUGGAGGGGACGACGGUCCUGUCAUAGAAGUCGUUUGUUCUAGGAUGAGGUACAUCUCAUCUCAGAUUGAGAAACCGAUAAGAAUCAUUGCUUUAAGUGCUUCCCUGACGGAUUAUAAAGAUGUUGCUCAAUGGUUAGGCUGCAAUGCUAAUGCAUAUUUUAAUUUUCACCCUAGUGUUAGGCCUGUUAGCUUAGAGCUCCAUGUUCAGGGUAUAAAUAUAACUCACAACGCUUCAAGGUUAAUAGCAAUGGCCAAACCUGUGUACAAUGCCAUCCUGAGACAUAGUCCUCACAAACCAGUAAUAGUUUUUGUACCAACUAGAAAGCAAGCUAGAAUGACUGCGAUAGAUUUGCUGACCUAUGCUGUUGCUGAGGGACAUGAAAAAAAAUUUUUCCAUGCAGAAGAAGAAGAUAUUAAGCCAUUCUUGGACAGGAUGUCAGAUAAGACAUUGAAGGAGACACUGUCACAAGGCGUUGCUUACAUGCAUGAAGGUUUAACAGCUAGCGACUUACGUCUUGUGGAACAACUAUUUGAUUCUGGGGCUGUUCAGGUAGCCGUAGUAACUAGAGAUCUGUGUUGGGCCGUUAAUAUUUUCAGUCAUUUAGUUGUGAUUAUGGAUACACAAUUUUAUAAUGGAAAAGUUCAUGCUUACGAGGACUAUCCAAUCACUGAUGUUCUCCAAAUGGUAGGAAGAGCCAAUAGACCAUUAGAAGAUGAUGAUGCCAAGUGUGUGCUGAUGUGUCAGAGUUCUAAAAAGGAUUUCUUCAAAAAGUUUUUGAGUGAUCCUUUACCAGUGGAAAGUCAUUUGGAUCACAGUUUACAUGAUCAUUUUAAUGCUGAAAUUGUUACAAAAACCAUAGAGAAUAAACAGGAUGCAGUUGAUUAUCUAACCUGGACUUUUGUGUACAGACGUUUGACACAAAAUCCAAAUUACUACAAUCUCCAAGGAGUAACUCACAGACAUUUAUCAGACCAUUUGUCGGAACUUGUUGAGACAACACUGUCGGCUUUGGAGCAAUCAAAAUGCAUAAGUAUCGAAGAGGAAAUUGAUUGUGUGCCAUUGAAUCUGGGAAUGAUAGCAGCAUAUUAUUACAUCAACUAUGCAACUAUAGAAUUGUUCAGCUCUUCUCUGAACAGCAAAACAAAAAUCAGAGGAUUACUGGAAAUUAUUUCUUCUGCAGAAGAAUACGAAGACAUCCCUGUUCGGCACCGUGAAGACCACAUAUUGAGACAACUUGCCCAAAAACUUCCUAACAAAUUAACUGGGGAUCAACCCAAAUUUAACGAUCCUCACGUUAAAACGAACCUUUUGCUUCAAGCCCAUCUGUGCAGGUUACAGCUUGGAGCGGAACUUCAAGGAGAUACAGAAAUUGUUCUUGCUAAAGCCAUAAGGCUUAUUCAAGCUUGUGUCGAUGUUUUGAGUUCAAAUGGUUGGUUGUCGCCUGCAGUUGCUGCUAUGGAAUUAGCCCAGAUGGUAACGCAAGCAAUGUGGAGCAAAGACUCAUAUUUGAAACAGCUGCCGCAUUUUAAUAAUGAGAUCAUCAAGAGGUGUACUGAGAAAGGUGUCGAAACAGUUUUUGAUAUAAUGGAAUUGGAAGAUGAAGACAGAUCCAAACUACUUCAGUUGACCGACAAUCAGAUGGCUGAUGUAGCUAAAUUCUGUAACAGAUACCCAAAUAUAGAACUCACAUACGAAGUCCUGGACAAAGAUCAGUUACAUUCUGGAUCAUCAGUCCAUGUUGCUGUACAAUUAGAGAGAGAGGAUGAAGUUAGCGGACCGGUUAUUGCUCCGUUCUAUCCGCAGAAACGCGAGGAAGGCUGGUGGGUAGUUAUUGGUGACCCAAAAACAAAUUCACUUCUUUCAAUCAAAAGGUUAACACUGCAGCAAAGAGCUCGAGUUAAAUUAGAUUUUGUGGCUCCAAGUCCAGGACACCACAAUUAUACACUUUAUUUUAUGAGUGAUGCCUAUUUAGGAUGUGAUCAAGAAUAUAAAUUUUCCAUUGAUGUUGGUGAUUUUGAAUCAAGUGCAAGUGAUUCUGAUUAACUCAUAAGUAUGGAUAUUUCAACUACCAUCAUGGCUUCAGAGUGGCAUUUCUUGUGGUAAAUUGGAGAGAAGUUUUUUUUUGUAUUAAUUUACAAGCCCAUUGCAUUAUUAUUAGUUUUGUACAGAAGUGUUUCAAUAAAUGAAUGUACAAUUGAGA